AUGGACGGCCUGGUCGAUGCCUACAAGGUGCCCUGCGUCUACAAGUGUUUCGGCUGCGAGAGAGUACGAGACGUGCUACCCGUUCACCGUGCUGGAGUCACGGAGGAGGACGACAGCGUCUUCCUCUUGGCCGUGGGCACCGGAAAGGCCCGCGCAGGCCACCGCCCCGUCAAUGUAGUGUGCGUUAGGGGCAACACCGCCGACGCUGACACGAGGCCGGUGUACGGGUGCGUGCUCACUAUUACUGCCCCCAAGAGGUACGAGGGAGCCCACACCGGCUCCAUCACGCUAACUGGGACUGUGUCGAGGUGCUCCGUUCCCGGCAAUGUGGACAUGGAAGACGCCUGGUAUGAUUUUCACCCCAAGAUGGUGCACGGGGACUCCAAGGAGGUUCACCUGGUCAUAUGCAUUACCAAGUCAAAUGUUCAUCAUUAG